AUGAAAGACAACCAGACUGUCUUGACCCCUCCUCCUGAAGCCGCCCAUACCGGCAAGGGCGCCAAAGACAUGGGCCAGAAGGUCUUCGCUUUCGACAAGUCCUACUGGUCCUUUGACAAGAAUGCGCCAAACUACGCAGGCCAGGACAACCUCCACCAAGACCUGGGCAAGCCCCUUCUCGACAACGCGUUCCAGGGGUACAAUAACUGUAUCUUUGCCUACGGUCAGACGGGCUCGGGAAAGUCCUAUUCCAUGAUGGGCUACGGCAAGGACGCUGGUAUCAUUCCCAUGAUUUGCCAAGACAUGUUCAAGAGGAUAGCGGACCUACAACAAGACAAGGACCUCAAGUGCACGGUGGAAGUGUCCUAUCUAGAGAUCUACAAUGAGCGCGUCCGGGAUCUGUUGAACCCCUCUACCAAAGGAAACCUCAAGGUCCGAGAGCAUCCCUCGACCGGACCCUACGUCGAGGACCUGGCCAAGCUCGUUGUCGGCAGCUUCCAGGAGAUCGAGAACCUGAUGGACGAGGGCAACAAGGCUCGAACCGUGGCUGCGACCAACAUGAACGAGACGUCGAGUCGAAGCCACGCCGUCUUCACGCUCAUGCUCACCCAAAAGAAGUACGACGCCGAGACCAAGAUGGAGAUGGAAAAGGUCGCCAAGAUCAGCCUAGUCGAUUUGGCGGGCUCGGAGCGGGCGACCUCGACCGGCGCGACUGGGGCUCGGCUGAAGGAAGGCGCCGAGAUCAACAGGUCGCUUUCGACGUUGGGACGUGUCAUCGCCGCUCUUGCCGAUCUCUCGACGGGCAAGAAGAAGAAGGGACCAGGUGGCCAAGUUCCGUACCGCGACAGCGUUCUUACCUGGCUGCUCAAGGAUUCUCUGGGAGGAAACAGCAUGACUGCUAUGAUAGCAGCUAUCAGUCCUGCAGACAUCAACUACGACGAGACCCUGAGCACGCUCCGGUACGCCGACUCGGCCAAGCGCAUCAAGAACCACGCCGUCAUCAACGAGGACGCCAACGCACGCAUGAUCCGAGAACUGAAGGAGGAGCUGGCCGUGCUGCGAAGCAAGUUAGGCAGUGGCGGCGGCGCACCUGGCGUGGCAGUCCCCGCCGACGAGGUCUUUCCGGAAGGCACGCCCCUGGACCAGCAGAUUGUCAGCAUAACUUCCCCAGACGGCACGGUCAAAAAGGUGUCCAAGGCAGAAAUCGCCGAGCAGCUCAGCCAGAGCGAGAAACUCCUCCAAGACCUCAACCAGACCUGGGAGCAGAAGAUGCAGAAGACUGAGGAAAUCCACAAGGAGCGCGAGGCUGCGCUCGAGGAGCUCGGCAUCAGCAUCGAGAAGGGCUUCAUUGGCCUCAGCACGCCCAAGAAGAUGCCCCACCUCGUCAACCUGUCUGAUGAUCCCCUCCUCGCAGAGUGUCUCGUCUACAAUCUGAAGCCUGGCACGACCACCGUCGGCAAUGGAGACUCCAAUGCUGACCACCAGGCCAACAUUCGUUUGAACGGUUCUCGAAUUCUUCACGAACACUGUUCGUUUGAGAAUGCACCAGAUGGCACGGUCACCAUCAUCCCCCAACCUGAAGCGGCCGUCAUGGUUAAUGGCAAGCGAAUCACGGAGCCAAAGCAAUUGCAUUCGGGCUACCGAGUGAUUCUUGGUGAUUUCCACAUCUUCAGGUUCAAUCAUCCCAUGGAAGCUCGCGCUGAGCGCGCAGAGCAGAGCCUCCUCCGGCAAUCCGUCACCGCAAACCAGAUGCAGAGCUUGGAGCGGACCUCCCCGUCCCCGAGCCCGCGUCUAGGUCACGAGCGGUCCUUGAGUAAGGCAACCUCCGAGGCUGGCGAUAUCAGCCGGCCCGACUCGCCAGCGCCGUCCCGCAACGGUCGCGAUUCUGAUUGGUCGUUUGCUCGCCGCGAAGCUGCGGGCGCCAUUCUGGGCAGCGACCAGAAUUUUGCUAGUCUUACAGACGAAGAGCUUAACGCGCUCUUUGAAGAGGUUCAGCGUGUCCGCGCAGAGCGCGUGACCGGCCGAGAUGGUGAAGAAGACUUGGAGUCGAUGGCCUCGUACCCCAUCCGCGAGAAUCACAUGUCGACUGGCACCAUCGACAACUUUUCGCUAGAUACUGCACUCACCAUGCCGUCAACGCCAAACAAGGGCGAGGUCGACGAGAAGCUUCGUGAGGUCCGAGAGGAAAUGCAGACCCAGCUCGACAGGCAAAAGGAAGAGUACCAAGAUCAGCUGAAGAGCGCCGAAGCCGCCAACGUCGAAGUGGAAGAGAUUAAGAAGGACAAGGCGCGCAUGGAGGAUGCUCUGAAGCAGCUUAAGCAAGAAAUGCAGAAGCAGCUCGAGGUCCAGCGCCAAGAGUUCGAGGCCAAGAUUGAGAAGAUGGACCCUCUGAAGCGACCAAAAGCCAACCCGAAACUGUCAGAGGAAGAAAUCAAGCGCGCCAAAGCAGUCGUCAAGCACUGGAAGGGACGGAGGUAUGUGCAAAUGGCCGAGUCGGUGCUUCAGCACGCUGCGACCCUCAAAGAGGCGCAGAUUAUGAGCCACGAGCUCAGUGAGGCCGUCGUCUUCCAAUUCGCCGUGGUCGACGUCGGCCAUGUCCUGUGCUCUUCCUACGACAUGGUGCUCAACGGGUAUGGAGAGGGUGGGGAUGAUAUCGCGCUCGAGACCGCCCCCAAGCCUUGCAUCGGUGUCCGCAUCAUCGACUACUCCCACAAAGUCGUCCGACUUUGGAGUCUGGAGAAGCUACACGAUCGCGUGAGGCAAAUGCGACAAAUGCACCAGUAUCUUGACCAGCCGGAGUACGCCCAGCAUUUGAGCCUCGACAACCCCUUUGUCGAAUCGUGCAUGCCCGAGUUCACCCUGAUUGGUGAGGCCGAUGUACCCCUGAAGGCUGUAUUCGAGAUGCGUGUCCAGGACUUCACCCUCGACGUCCUCUCCCCGUACACCUCGCACGCAAUUGGCCUCAUCAAGCUCGCCUUGGAGCCCUCGAGCGCUCGCGCCCCCACCAACACCCUCAAGUUCAACAUUGUCAUGCACGAGAUGCUUGGCUUUCCCGAGCGCGAAGGCACAGACGUGCACGCCCAGCUCUUCAUCCCCGGCGUUUCCGAGGAUGAGGGCAUCACCACGACCCAGAUGGUCAAGGAGUUUGACGAGGGACCGAUCAGGUUCGAGAGCGUCCAUAGCAUGACUGUCCCGCUUUUCGUCCCUCAGGAUGUCGCCCUGCGGGUGGCUAUCUUUGCCAGGGUCUCACCAAUGCACCUUGACAAGCUAAUCAGCUGGGAUGAUAUGCGCGAUGCGGUGCCCGCCUCGCAGACGGUCCCCAAGGCUGCUCGGAUUGCCGAGUCUCAGUUUUUCACUGAAGAGAAGCACGAUCUCCUGGCGAGAGUUCAGAUUCAAGAGAUGAACGAAGACGGAGAAUACGUGCCCAUCGAGGUUGCUCAGACGAGCGAGAUGGAUAGCGGCACAUUCCAGCUGCAUCAAGGUUUGCAGCGCCGGAUCGCCAUCAACCUUACACAUAGCUCCGGCGACGCUCUGCCAAUGGACGACGACGUGCCGUCCUUGCGAGUCGGCCAGAUCCAGCUCAUGGACCAGGCCGGCAAGACGCCCGAUAUGGGCACGCUCUCGCCGGAUAUCUCGCUCAAGUUGACAUCCAAGCCAACCUUCCGGCAGAACGCCAAUGGCACAAGGAGCAUCACCAUAAUUGGCCAGUGGGACUCGAGUCUGCACAAGUCUCUGCUCCUUGACCGAGUCACGGCGGAUAAGUACCGUGUGCAGAUGACCGUGUCUUGGGAGAUCAACUCGCAGCGACUGGCUGAGCCGAUGAAGUUUUCGAUGAAGGUCUGCUGCCAGAUCAUGUCCCGGUCUUUUGUUCGACAGUCGUCGAUGUUUGCUUCUCUGUGGCAGAACGUCAGGUUUGUGCGGUCUACGACUGCGAUUUUUAGCCUCACGAUGCGGCCGGCUCCCAUCAAGCGGGUUGGCGACCUCUGGAGGAUGAACAGCCAACACGACUACGUCAAAGGAGAGGAAAACCUUGUAGCCUGGACGCCCCGAGGCAUUUCCCUAGUGAGCGAUUUCAUCGCUGCUAGAAAGAAGAAGGCGAGGAUUGCAGAGAUCGGUGCGGCUCAGAACUUCUUGAAGAAGAUCGGACCUCCGGAGCCGAGGCAGGCAGUGGAGGAUGUAGAGGACCAACACUUAGGAUCCGACAUUCUUCCCCCCAAACCCAAGGACAGUGAUGUAGACUCGAUCGACGAGUUGCUCAAAGACACCCCAGAUGCAUCGCAGAUCCUGUCAGCGGCCGAGGAAGCGCAGCCCGCUGUGACUCCCGAAGAGCAGCAUGAGCAGCCGCAAGAUGCGCCUCAGCCAGAUGCGCAAGUCGAAGCGGCAGAGCCGGAAUACACGGACGAAGAGCAGCGCAUUCUCAACAAGGCCUUGAAGCUCUGGAAGCGCUACCCAGACCCACUGCUUCAGAUCCUCAAGCCGGAGAACACCGACCCGCCUUCGAACGGCGUCACCGCCGACCUGAUUGCUCCUCCGAGCCUCAUCACAACAAUCAUUCCCGUCGCGAAGAACCCCACCAUCAUGAAGGGCGGCUACCUCCUUACCCCGUGCAACGAAUCUUCCCGCUGGAUCAAACGCUUUGUCGAGCUGCGCAGGCCUUACCUGCACGUCCACCACGUGACCAACGGCGACGAGGUCGCGCUCGUCAGCCUCCGCAACGCCCGGGUCGACAGCCAGCCGGGCGUCGUCGGGCUGAGCGACCGGCUGCAGGCCGGCGUGUUUGCCAUCUACGGGACGGACAACACGUGGCUGUUUGCGGCACCCAGCGAGCGCGAGAAGCUCGACUGGCUCUUCCGCAUCGACCAGACCUUUGUGGUUGACGACUUUGCCUUCCCGGACUACUAA